AUGGCAGAGGCAGUGCUAAACCUUGUGAUUGCAAAUUUGGUCCCGUGGCUUGUUCAUGAAGCUACGUUGUUAAGAGGAAUCCACGGAGAAAUAAGUGAAGUUGUAGAUGAGCUGCAAAGCAUUCAAUCUUUCAUCAAGGAUGCAGAUGAAAAGGCAGAAAAAGAUGAAGAAGAGAUCAGCCAUAGUGCUAAAACAUGGGUGAGGAAACUACGCGAAGUAACUUAUCAGAUUGAAGAUGUGACAGACAAUUAUGUGCUUCAGAUGGCCACAGAAGCAGCACAACGUGAGCAGUGUAAGCCAAGGCUAAUGGGGUCCUUUGCGCGGCUGGUGUGCUGGAUUGUUAGUGUUAAACCACGCCAUGUGAUGGCACAAGAGAUCAAUCAGGUUAAACAGACUAUCCAUGGUAUCAGAGAAAAGGGUCAGAGUUAUGGGUUCAGCAGCAGCUCUUCUUCGGCUAUGGUUAGGAGCACGACUAAUGAAUCAAAACACGACCCUCGUGUGAGUUCAUUAUUCAUCGAGGAGGCUGAAGUUGUAGGAAUUGAGGGAGACAGAGAGAAUUUGAUUAGUUGGUUAGUAAGUGGAGAAACAAAACGAGCUGUGGUUUCUGUUGUAGGUAUGGGUGGACUCGGGAAGACAACUCUUGCAAGGAAAGUAUUCGACAGUCAGACUGUAACAAACCACUUCAGCAAUCAAGCUUGGAUAACAGUUUCACAAAGUUACAAGGCAGAGGAACUUCUAAAGAAAACUCUAAAGGAGUUUUACAAGGCAAGGAAAGAGUCUCCUCCUCCAAAGAUCGAUAAUAUGGAAGAGACUCCACUCAUAUUUGAGCUUAGAGAAUAUUUGAGACAAAAGAAAUAUAUGGUUGUUUUUGAUGAUGUGUGGUCAGUAGAAUUCUGGGAUUUCAUUAGGCAUGCUUUGCCUAAUGAUAAUAAUAAUAGUCAAGGUAGCAGGGUAUUGAUCACAACGCGCUCUGAUGAAGUUGCUUCUUCAUGCAACACUUCAUCUCGUGAUCAUAUAUACAAGCUGAACCGGCUGCCAGAGGACAAAGCCUUAGAGCUGUUUUGCAAAAAGGUAUUUCAUCAUUCUUCUGACUCUAGUUGUAAUGAUGUAAAACAAGUUCCACCAGAGUUGAGGGAGUUGGCCAACAACUUUGUUAGGAGAUGUGAAGGCUUGCCGCUAGCAAUAGUUACAAUUGGAGGUUUGCUGUCAACUAAAAGAAAAGAGGUGUAUCAAUGGCAGGAGCUUGAAAAAAACCUAGGUUCUGAACUGGUCACAAAUCGUCGUCUCUCAAAUAUGACCCGGAUUUUGUCUCUGAGCUACUACGAGCUGCCAUACUAUCUAAAACUUUGUCUGAUGUAUUUUGGGAUGUUGCCUGAGGAUUACUCAAUUAGACAUGCACGACUGUUACGACUAUGGAUAGCAGAGGGUUUUGUGAAAGGAGCAAGAGGGAAAUCCGCAGAACAGGCUGCAACAGAAUGCCUGGUAGAGCUUGUAAAUAGAAGUUUGGUUCAAGUCUCAGAAGUAGAUGUUGAUGGAAAAAUCAGGAAAAUCAGAGUGCAUGAUUUGAUGCGUGAAAUCAUCCUCUCAAAGUCUAAGGAAUUGAGAUAUGGUCAUGUAUGGGCAGAUGAAGAACACAGCUCAAGCAGCUUUGGUGAUUUAGCACGCAGGCUAUCAAUUCAUGGAUCAUGCACCGAUGAUGAUGUCCUCAAAAUCUGCAAUGGCAACGGUAAUGGUAAAUAUGGGACCCGUUCCCUCUUGAUUUUUGAUGUUGACAACUUUCCUAUUUCAGUGUUGCAUUCAUUCAUGAAUCAUUUCAAGCUUCUGAAAGUGCUUGAUCUGCAAGAUGCCCCCAUAGAUUUUCUUCCUGAAGAAGUUGGAGAUCUGUUUCAUCUGAGGUAUCUAAGUGUAAGACACACAAAAACGAAACGACUUCCAAACUCCAUCGGUAAGCUGCAUAAUCUACAGACAUUAGAUCUGAAAUGCUCCUAUGUUCACGAGCUACCUGCUGAAACGAAAAAUUUGCAAAAUCUGUUGUAUCUCAUUGGUUAUUGUUACGAUUAUGAAACUGAUUUUAGUAUAAGCGCACAGAGAGGGUUAAAGUUGAAACAGGGGUUUGGCCGACUACAGAAUCUUCAGAAGCUAUACCUUGUAGAGGCGAAUCAUGGGAUAACCUUACUCAACGAGUUGAAAAAUUUGAAGCAAUUAAGGAAGUUGGGGAUCACCAAGCUGCCAACACGAAAUGGGAAAAUCCUAUGUGAGUCAAUAGCUUCAAUAACCCACCUUCAAUGUCUAGAAGUCUGCUCAGAAGAUGAAAAGGAGACGCUUGAUCUACAGUUUAUGUCAUCCCCCCCUCAAUACCUUCAACGCCUCUACUUAAAAGGCCGGCUACAAAAGAUACCAGAGUGGAUUCCCAAGCUCAGCAAUCUUGUUACGUUAAGUUUAAUGUGGUCUGGCCUCACGAUUGACCCACUAAACAUUCUCCAGCAUCUACCUAUCUUAUCAGAGCUUGUAUUCCAGGAGACAUUUCUUGGCGAACAACUGAUAUUUCAAGCUGCCGGUUUUCAGAAGCUUAAGAUUUUGAAGCUCUACAACAUGGAUACAUUGAUGAAUUUGACAAUAGAGAAGGGAGCGUUGCCUUUAUUAGAAUUGUUUAAAAUUGGUCCUAUCCCAAGGUUAAACACUGUGCCUACAGGAAUCCAAUAUCUAACAAACCUUGUUGCUCUUCGCUUCUACGACGUGUCCAAGGAAUUCGCACUCAGACUACUUCCACAUCAAGGACAAGACUUUUGGGUGGUUCAACAUGUUCAAACAUUGUUGUUCCAUUACCAGAUAAAAGGGGAACGUUACAAGACAUAUACUCAUAACGAUUUGGGAUUUCUUGACGAUUAA